AUGGAGGACGACAAGGGAGGCUACCGCCAAAUCAACAAGUCGUUGAACAUUUGCGCGUUUGAGGACUAUCUGCAGGGUCAAACAGCGCGUCUGCCGCAGUUGGCCGAUGUCGAGCAAUUGACGCCGCGGGUGCUUCGCAUUUUGGGUCAGAACCCCGGACGAUUCACCUUCCAGGGCACCAACACAUAUGUGAUCGGAACGGGCCAUACACGGCUCCUCAUCGACACGGGCGGCGGCGAACCGGAGUGGGCCGAAUUGAUCGCCAAGACACUCGAGUCCAUGGACAUUAAGCUUUCGCAUGUGCUUCUCACGCACUGGCACGGCGAUCACACCGGCGGCGUUCCGAAUCUCCUCCUUCGCUACCCGGACCUCCACGACGCCAUUUACAAACACACUCCCGACCCGGGCCAACAACCCAUCCUUCACUCGCAGCGCUUCUGCGUGCAAGGCGCUACCGUCCGCGCCGUGCACACGCCCGGCCAUUCGGAAGAUCACGUGUGUUUUGUGCUCGAGGAAGAGAAUGCCAUGUUUACGGGCGAUAACGUCUUGGGAACGGGCACCAGCGCCGUCGAAGAUUUGGGCAUUUUUAUGGAUUCUUUGCACAUUAUGCGCGAUCAAAACUGCCAAGUCGGUCAUUCCGCUCAUGGCGCUGUCAUUCAAGAUUUACCGGCCAAAUUGAACCAGGAAAUUGCGGGCAAAUUGCGUCGUGAACGACAGGUGUUGCAGACGUUGAAUAAAGUCAAGACUUCGGGUGAAAAGAGUGUCACGGUCAAGGAUUUGGUCUUGAAAAUGUAUGGUGACAAUGUCGAUCCGGCCACGAGGGAAUUGGCCUUGGAGCCGUUCAUGGAUGAGGUGUUGCGCAAGUUGGCCGGUGAUGGCAAGGUUGCCUUUGAGAAACGGGCGGGUAUCAAGAAGUGGUUUUCGUUGGCUAAGCCUGCUCAGGCUGCUGCUACUCCACACCCUGCUAAGGCUGGCGGUUUGAAGCCUUUGACUGCUAUUCGCGCUUGUUAGAUCUUUUGUGUUUUUGUUGUUUUUGUCUUGUUUUUGUCUUGUGAUUCAGUUGGUGAUUGAGUUGGUGAUUGGAGGGCGUGAGUGUGUAUGUUGGAAAGGCGUUUGGUGUUUGUUUUCUUUUUUUAUGUUUUCUGUUUUCUGUUUUCUUUCUCGACUUCUCGAGUUAGAUGCGAUUAGACGUUCACAUGAACUAGACUGAUAGAAGCUGGCCAGAAUGAAGAUGAGAUGGACGUGAUAUUUCCUCUAUAUAGCAGGC